CGAGGUCCCACUUCAUAUUUCUUCCGGGUAGUGAAACCCUUUUGUAGGAACCUUUUGUUGUUUAACGGGCUGCUUGGAGCAAACUAACCAAAACUAAUUUACAAUUUGUGGAAUAGUAGUUGACCCCCAUUGCUACAUUUACCCAACCAAAUUAAAAAAAAACUAUUUUCUAGUGACCAGUUAAGCCGGAAUACGUGUGUCCGCUUGCUACCGUUGAGUGACACUUCGCAUGCUUCGCCGCUACCUUGCUGUGUGUCUGCUGCAGUCAGUGGAGACAUGGCUAACCGUUUAGCAUGAUCAUGACCUCAAUGUAGUGCUGCAGGUGUGUCUGCCCACUUCACCUGACCAGGCAGAGUGUGUAGGAGAGGUGGUGGCGGUGGCAUGCGUAUGGGCAGCAGCUGGCGGUGGCAGCUUUCCCGUGCCAUGAGACUAGCGCUGCGCUGGUGCCGGCUGUGCCGCCCUCAGAGAGGAGGACGAUGCGGUGGAUCCAAGCCGUGGAUCAGCGGCAGGUGUUUUGAGGUGUGGAGCUACAGCAAGAUGCUGCUCAAGUCACUGUACUUCAACAGCCUCACCAACGCUGACACUCUGCUGGACUGUGCCUUUGAACCAGUCUACUGGAUUGUGGAUAAUGUGACCCGCUGGUUCGGAGUGGUGUUUGUCUGUCUCGUCGUACUGCUGAUAACCUCAGUUGUGGUCAUCAUCUACCUGUUCGUCCUACCCACAAUCCUCAGCACUUACCCUUUGCACUGGAUCGUCUGGCACCUCUGCUACGGCCACUGGCUUCUUAUCAUGGUGGUCUUCCAUUACUACAAGGCCACCAGCACCUCCCCAGGACACCCACCCAAGGACAAAACUCAGAUUCCUUCUGUGUCCAUCUGUAAGAAAUGCAUCGCUCCAAAACCGCCACGGACGCAUCACUGCAGCAUCUGCAACCUGUGUGUUUUGAAGAUGGACCACCACUGUCCCUGGUUGAAUAACUGCGUCGGCCAUUUCAACCACCGCUACUUCUUCUCCUUCUGCCUGUACAUGACCCUGGGCUGCAUCUACUGCAGCAUCAGCAGCAAGACCUUGUUUCUGGAGGCCUACGAUGCGAUAGAGAGAAACUAUCAGACGCCUCCUCCAACCGAAGUCUACGAAGAGUCCACCGCUCACAAGAGCAUCAUCUUCCUCUGGGUGCUGACCAGCUCGGUGGCAGUAGCUCUGGGAGGACUCAGCCUUUGGCACAUGAUCCUCAUCAGCAGAGGAGAGACCAGCGUGGAGCGACACAUCAACCACAAAGAGACCAGGAGACUGAAGGAGCAGGGAAAGGUGUUCAAAAAUCCAUAUCAUCACGGUCCAAUUAACAACUGGAGGUUGCUGUUGGGUGUGGACAAACGGAGUCACUGGUUCACGCGGGUCCUUCUACCCUCCAGCCAUCUUCCCAGCGGGGACGGCAUCAUGUGGGAGUUCACCUUCACCCGAAGAGACCCCAUGGCCAUCUAACUUUGAACCAUUUACGAGCAGCAUGACUAAUGCGACAAAGAGGAGGAACUCCUGCUGCUACAAUCACGUGGAAAUAACCUUUUCCACCGGCCGACGUCUCCCUGCGUCUGCAGCGCUGUUGGCUCAUCAGACUCGUGAGCGGUGCUGCUGGCCAGCGUUGUCGCAGAGCACAAACAUUCCUCCACAUCUGUAAAGACGUUUUGUGCAUCUCUCGGGUGUGAUAUAGACGGAUGGAGAUGCAGUUACGGCAUAUUAAAGGUGCAGUUACGGCAUAUUAAAGGUGCUAUGAUUUUCAAUCAUUAAUGCAGCACAUUGUAAACUUGAUUGGUAGCAGUCGUCUUAUUUCAGUUUUCAUGCGUCAGCAUUGACAUGACAUCAUUAAUAAACUUCCUGUUAAGUCUCAAAAUAAUCUUUAUGUAUCUGAUAACAUACUUUCAUUUUGUUCUAUAAAUGUCCUGUGAUUUAUUUGUCAUUUGCAAAAAGUGUUUUGAAGGUUUACUACUCUGCAUGUUUACACCUGCGAUGUUUCGUUGUUCUGUGAGGGGGGGGGGUGAGGUGAGGGGGGGGAAUAAACGCUCAGCAUCGUUUGUUUAACACCGAUGAAGAACUCGUCUGCCUUUAAACAAGUGAAUCCGGCACUUUGAAAUUAAACUCCAGAUGUUUCACCCCGACGUGUUUGUACCGAUGACUUGAUGGACGUGUAGUUGCCAUAGAAACAUGACGUACAGCUGUGACAUCAUGUGUAACCAAUGGGAGCUGUGCUCCAGUUUCAUUUGUGUCUUUUUUUUAAAAUAAAACCUUGUUUGAUAUU